AUGUCCUUAGGUCCAGCACAUAUAUAUUUGGUGGGAGAUAAGUAUGCGAGACCAGGACCGAAUACUCCAAGAGUCGGUAUCGUCGGUCGCACAGGUGCAGGCAAGUCAACUCUUACUUUAGCCUUGUUUCGUAUUCUUGAGAGGGCCGGUGGACGAAUUGUUAUCGAUGGUGUGGAUAUCGCCAAGAUUGGUCUUCAGGAUCUGCGGUCACGGCUUACUAUCAUUCCACAGGAUCCCGUGUUGUUUUCUGGAACGCUACGUGUCAAUUUGGAUCCGUUUGACAGUCACACGGACGAGGAGCUUUGGAAGAUUCUAGAGAUGAGUCAUUUGAAGAACUUUGUGUCAGGACUGGAAGAAGGUCUUUUACAUCCCGUGACUGAAGGAGGCGAAAAUUUAAGUGUUGGUCAGCGGCAAUUGGUGUGCUUAGCGCGUGCGCUGCUCCGUAAAAGUAAGAUCCUGGUUCUAGACGAAGCCACGGCCGCAGUGGACCUGGAAACUGAUGAACUCAUCCAGCACACGAUACGGCGAGAGUUCGCUGACCGCACUGUGUUCACCAUUGCUCACAGGCUCAACACUAUAAUGGACUAUACAAGGAUCAUGGUGCUGGACAAAGGUUUCAUGAUGGAGUUUGACACUCCACAGGCUCUUUUGGCUCAACAGGGAAUCUUCUACAAAAUGGCUCGUGACGCUGGACUAGCUUGAGAAGCUAGGCACCUCAUGACGGCAUCACAAAGCGAAAGUGCCUCUGAAGGAAAUCGGGAAGAGUGGCUACGUAGGCAUUACUUUUGAGCUGAUGCACGAUGCGCUUAUGUUAUCACUGACCUAUCGGAAAGGAUAUUUUAACAGUAUUAGCGUAAAAAGAAAAGGGAAUGAUAUCUGCGAUUUGGGUCCUAGCAGACAACUUGGCGUGAAUUGUGUGGUGUUGGGCUGAUCUCGAUUAAGGGAAUGUUUAUUUGGCGAUUACAAGUAAUUGUUUUGCGUCCGUGCUCUUGAAUUGCCUUCUCCAUGAUAUUCUUAUCCACGACAAAAAAUUCAUUUGGAAAAUUAUCCUUCCCCUUUUCACUUCAUCUAUGUCUUUCCCGCUCCCCAGCCCCCCUUUUCCUCUCCUCAACCCCCAUAUAUUGGUUUCAGGAUUUUCUUGGCAGGAUUUGUUGUCCCUCUCUCUCCUCAUCCAGUCCAGGCUUUAAGAAGUGUUCUAUGUUGUCUACUUUUGGCCGAGCGUGGCGUUGUAAGGAGUCCUUAAGUGACAACAGAGUCAGUGUCAAACACAGUAUAUUUAUUAAUGAAAAACUGUAUUCAAACAACCAGAGAACAUUACUUUUUAAAUCUAAUCUUAAUAUGACACGUUUUAAAAAUAACGUGGUCAUCCUCAUGACGUGAUGUAAACAGAUAUGGUGUACAUUCCAUAACAUUUCUAUCUCUCCAAGGCUUUCUUCAUCACAGUAUUUUAAACUAGGAAUUAAACUUAAGUAUUAUAUUUACAGAAUCUGGUUUUUUACUAAUGGCUAUGGACCAAUAACAAGGAACAUAGUUUUUGGUCUGUUUUUGUAAAUAUAACAGAUUUAACAAAUGCCAACGAAUUGAUUAUCUGUAAAGCUACCAAGAUUCUCAUGAUCUUUACUCGUGAGAACAUUGUGAGGAGAAAUGUGAUACAAUCAAUCUUGGAGUCUAAAGUGUUAACCAUUAUAUAACGAGAUGUAUAUUAUAACAAUUAAUGAUAUUGCAAAGGGCUUCACAAAAACGCAUGAUGGCACCACCACCUAAGUGAUAUAUACCCAGACAACAGUAUAUUAUAUCUAAUAAUGUACGUGAAAAAAUUACACGCUUCUGAUCGACUGAAAACGAGUGCAUUCUCGUGUAACACGAGUGCAAAGUUGUAACACAAGUGCAAAUUACAAAUAGC